GCAUCUUCGCUUUCACCGCGCAAACAACCCCACCCAACCCCGGCGCUCAUUUCGUCGCUCCUUGUUUCUGAUUCUUGAUUUCCCCAAGCGACUCUGAACAUCAUGGACGACCGGGUGGAUUUUGACAUCAAUGAGGCGGUCAAGCUGUUCGACAGCGACCCUGCUGAGAUUCCCACCCCCGAAGCCCCGCAAGCGCUGCAAGACUGCGAAGAUGAGCCAGAAUCGCUGUCGUCGCCCGGAUUGAUCAACAGCGAACUGAACCCUGUGGUCGAUGCUGUGGCAGAGAGCCCAGAUGCGAUCACUCGCAGCUCUGUAUUUGAUACGCUGCAAUUCCUCUUGAAGCACUCGUCGCAAAUACCACCCGCCAUCCUGAGCAAGAUCCUCGACCUCAUAACCUCCGCCUUGUCCACGCAAGCCGACAUCAUCCACGCAGACCUCGAAGCCGAAGACCAAGAUGCGAUACCGCACCACAAGAACCUACUGGAAAUGUACGGCUUCCUUCUCAGAUGGACCAUCUCCGCCGUCGAGACCAGGGCGCUCGAGAAAUCAGCCUCUGCACCAGCAGCGAGGGGGCGGGGUAAGGCUGCAAAGCCCAAGUCUGGUGCUGGCAAGGACGUCGUUUGGGACGCCUCAGCACAGCUUGAGACGGCUCUCGAUCGCAUGAGCAAAGUACUAAGACUCAAGCUGGGUCGCAUAUUCGUCACCACGUCAGAGCGGGACACCUUCAUUGGCCUCUUCACCAAGCCAGUAUACCACAUCCUCGAAAACGAGGCAAGAGUCAAGAACAAUGCGAUACGGAAUCACUGCUUCAGGGUUUUGUGCUUUGCUGUCAAAUCUCAUGGACAUGCUUACACUGCCCAGACGUCCAUCAACCAGAGCUUGACGUACUUCGAGCACCUGUCAGAACCCAUGGCUGAAUUUCUUUUCACGCUUGCCGAUGCUUUCGACUACCCACAACUCACCGAGGAUGUCUUGAAGGACAUCAGUAGCAAAGAGUUCAGCUCUACCGACCUGAAGGGACCAAAAUCCAUCUCGACAUUUCUUACUAAGAUCUCCGAGCUCACUCCCCACCUCGUCAUUCGCCAGAUGACGUUGCUCGCGAAUUUGCUCGAUAGCGAAUCAUAUACCCUUCGCUGUGCCCUUAUCGAAGUCUGUGGAAAUCUGAUCAUUAUGCUUAGCAAGCUGAGCCAGGACGACCGCAGCGAGAAUCACAAAGCGCAGAUCCGUAUCUUCUUCGACGUACUCGAGGACAGGUUCCUUGAUAUCAAUCCCUAUUGCCGGGCUCGAGUUAUGCAGGUUUAUAUCAGGCUUUGCGAUCUAGAUCAGAAGUAUACCAAGCGCAGACAGAAGGUCGCGGAACUUGCCGCGCGUAGUCUGGAAGACAAAAGCAGCAACGUACGUCGCAACGCAGUCAAGCUGCUCGCGAAGCUUAUUUCAACUCACCCGUUUACUACCUUUGACGGUGGAUUACUAUCGAGCAAAGAUUGGACACGGAGGUUGGACGAUGUCGACGCUCAGAUCAACGCCCUACAACCUCCGGAAGAGCUUCGAGAGCGUGCGCCUGGUGACCAGACUGUAGACGAGACUCUGCUACAAGACGCAACCCAAGCUGAUAACGGAGAUGACGAAGGACCAAAACAUCCUUCCGAGAUGUCCGAAGAAGAGAGAGCCGCUGCGAUUGAGAAGGCGCAGAAGGAUGCUGCAACUGCGCAAGAGCUUGAGAAAUUCCAGGCAGUUCGCAAGUACUUACUUGAAGCGCUUAAGUUCAUUGAAGUUAUCGACGAUGCCGCUGAGAUUGUCACUCAGCUGUUGUCGUCCAAGAACAAGAGCGAAGUCAUCGAGGCCAUGGACUUCUUCGUGACUAUCGACGCCUACAAGAUCGCGAAUGCUAAGCUCGGUAUACGGAGGAUGCUGCGCCUUAUCUGGACCAAGGGCAAUAGUGACGAAGGAAAGGGUGUUCAAACACACUUGCUGGAGUGCUACAAAGGCCUUUUCUUCGAUGCGCCACCUGGAUUCGAUGCCAAUGCAGUUGCCAACUAUAUCUCGAAAAACAUGAUCAGUCUUACAUUUGGCACAACUCCCGCUGAACUCACGUCUCUCGAGCAACUUCUCAGUACCAUGAAGAAACAGGGACUGGUCAACGAACUGGUCAUUCAGAAGCUUUGGCAGAUAUAUGGAUACCAGAAGAAGGACAUCUCCAAGAACCAGCGUCGUGGAGCGAUCAUUGUUCUUGGCAUGUUGGCACUCUCAUCUCCGGACAUCAUCCAACAAGAGAUGGAAGCAUGCCUACGGAUCGGCCUUGGGGAGCUAGGUCGACGAGACUUAGGCCUAGCACGCUACACCUGCAUAGCGCUGCGUCGCAUGAGUCCUCCACCUGGAAGGCAGGCCGCGCACGACACACCGAUACAGACCGUUAAGCUUCCAAACGAUCACGCAGUUCUAGUCAGGUUAGCCGCUAUAACCGAGAUGACGUCGGAUAGUAAGGAAUGGUAUGGCGUAGCGGAACAAGCCAUUAGUGCCAUCUAUGUCCUUUCGAAACAUCCGGACGUGCUGUGCUCCGAGAUCAUCCGCAAGGUCACAAAGCGAGUAUUUGGGGGGCAUGUCAAAGCUCAGUCGCGACCAACGUCGAGUUCCAGUGCCGCGGAACCAAUGGAAAUCGAUGAGGAGAUGCCCGAUGCGCCUGCUAUCGACGAACCACAGGCAAAGAAACAGAACUCUGCCCUUGCACUGUCCCAACUGCUCUUCGUCGUGGGACAUAUUGCUAUCAAACAAAUUGUUCACUUGGAGCUUUGUGAGCUUGAGUUUAAGCGCCGCAAGGCUGAAAAGGACAAGAAGACAGCAGCGACACCUCGGCAAUCCAUGGCUUCGUCAGGACCCACACCACUCAAGAAGGGUAGGAAGAGGGGAUCUACGAAAGAGCCAACACCAGCGCCCGAGGAAGCUGAUGAUCUGGAACUUAUGGCGGGAACGAAUGAGGAUGACUUCACCGAGGCCAUCGCGCAUGUGCGCGAACGCGAACUCCUAUAUGGCCCACACUCACUACUCGCGAAUUUCGGUCCGCUCGUAGCAGACAUUUGCGCCAACAACACAUCGUACAAUCACCCCACGCUGCAAGCGCAAGCUGCACUGUGCUUAGCCAAGCUCAUGUGUGUCAGCUCAGAGUAUUGUGAGACUAACCUUGCUUUGCUUCUUACCAUCCUCGAACGAAGUCAAGAUGCAGUUGUACGUAGCAAUCUUGUCGUGGCACUUGGUGAUAUGGCCGUUUGUUUCAAUCAUCUCAUUGAUGAGAACACCGACUUCCUCUACCGCCGUCUGAACGACGGCGACCCCAGUGUCAAGCGGACAUGUCUCAUGACUCUCACUUUCCUGAUUCUAGCUGGACAGGUCAAGGUCAAGGGUCAGCUAGGCGAGAUGGCCAAGUGCCUUGAAGACAGCGACAAGAAGAUCGCAGACAUGGCACGCAUGUUCUUCACUGAAUUGUCAACCAAGGACAAUGCUGUGUACAACCAGUUCAUCGACAUGUUCAGUGUACUUAGUGCCGAUUCAGCGCUGAGCGAGGAUUCACUGAAGAGGAUUGUUAAGUUCUUGGCAGGAUUUAUCGAGAAGGACAAACACGCCAAACAGCUAUCCGCAAAACUUGCGUCCAGGCUCCCACGAGCAGAGAAUGAAAGGCAGUGGAACGACGUCGCGUACGCAUUGGGUCAACUUCAGCACAAGGAUGAAGAGAUACAGAAAAUGGUUUCGGAAGGUUUCAAGGUGGUUCAAGCAAACGCUUAAGCUGCGUUUUUAUGUUUCAUGUUCGAUUCUUUACGACUGUAUGAACACAAUGAUACCCUGGGUUCGGUUGGAUCGGGGUGGAUAACCAUUGGCGUUUGGGGUUGCAUAGGGUACAUCGAUGUAUAUGACAUAUGAUAUGGUGUCUUCAUUUUUCUAGCACAAGCAAAGGGUACUGCUUAAGCCAUGAAGCCUGCACCUACAGCAAGGAAAGCCACCAUCCAUCCUACAAUCGUCAAAGAUGGUCGGUUCAUAUUCGCUGCACCUU